UCAUGAAGUUAUGAUGAAGACAUCACUCAUAUUUGAAUAAGCUGAUCCCUGUUUGAUCCAUCUUAGGUAGCUGCAGUCAUGGUAGAGCUGAGUUUGGGACACGUAGCUCACAGCAUGAUUGGAGGCCGCAUUUUCCCAGGCAUUUCUGGUGGAGAGAGAAGGAGGGUCUCCAUUGCCAGCCAACUGCUUCAGGACCCAAAGGUGAUUCUCCUGGAUGAGCCGACCACAGGACUGGACAGCAUGACGGCUAAUCAGAUAGUAGUGCUGCUGGCUGAACUGGCCAGAAGAGAUCGAAUCGUCAUAGUGACCAUCCACCAGCCCCGUUCAGGCAUAGUGGAUGCCUCUGGAACUGAUUCUGUUGAAACCCUUAACUGUACAGAUGGCCAUUGCAGUGGCUAA